AUGGCAAACUUCCAUUUACCUGACCACAAGAGGAAGAGAGGUCCUGACUCCAUCUCCUACAAUGAUGAAGAAACUCACACCUUUGUUUUCGAGAAUCCUUUUGCGUAUAAAUCUUCACCUUCGUUGGACAAUGGUGAUGACCCCAAGGACAAAAAGCCGAAAGCAAUUGAUGGUUAUUUGACCCCAUCGCCCCCAUCUAAACCAGCUGGCCGGAUCAAUUCCCCAGCCUUGCAUUCCACUGAUUCCCCAUCAUCUGCUCUUUCCUCUCAAGAUUCCAUGACACCCACUAGCUCCAAUCACGUGGUAAAGAAGAGUCUUCCUCUUCCCAACAAGCUGGAUUUAUCGGCCAGUGGAUUAGCAACAACACCAUUGACAGUGGCACUGCGUACAACAGAUACAGUUCAAGAGAAUUCCAACAGUGAAAGAGAUCAGGAUUUUAUGGACUUGGUCAUUGCUCGGGGACGCAGAUUGUUUCAUCGUCCCACAACAAGUGAACUUCUCCAAGACUUGCGGGCACGUCUGCAGCCUAUUCUUCACAAUCGCCUGAGCCAACUGACAAGAAUGGAGCCAACGUUUGAGGUUGGUCUUGAGAUAUCUGAUUCCGCGUAUAUCUUGAAGCUUCUCAAAGGUCAUGAUUCAAAUUUUGAGUUCGAGACCAUUACCCAAAAAGCUGUCAGAGGAGCAGCGCUGUUGCAGCAAGGAGUGAAGCUGGUGAGAGAAGUGCAAGACCAGCUCAAGUUUGCCAUAAAUGAUUAA